CCUUGCAUACAUCAAGAUAGAGAUGGAUGUGUUCUGUGUGAAUGGGGAGAAGCAUGUAAAUGAUCAUGAGCUACUUCAGGCUCAAUCUCACGUAUGGAACUACUUGUUCAACUUCAUAAACUCCAUGUCUCUAAAAUGUGCAAUUGAUUUAGGCAUUCCCGACAUCAUUCAAAACCAUGGCAAGCCCAUGAAGGUUACCGAGCUGGUUGCUGCGCUGCCGAUCAAUGCUACCAAAGCGAGCAGCAUAUAUCGGCUCAUGCGCAUUUUAGUUCACUCGGGCUUCUUUGAGCGACAAAAGCUAGGCACAAACGACCAAGAAGAAGGGUAUGUUCUUACCAACGCUUCGCGUCUCCUGCUCAACGGUGAUCCCUUGAGUGUGACACCUUUCUUGAAGGCUAUGAUGGAUCCCAUUCUAACAAAGCCUUGGCAUUUUCUAGGUGCCUGGUUCCAAAAUGAUGACCCGACCCCAUUUGAUACCGCGCAUGGGAGGACAUUUUGGGACUAUGGUGGCCAUGACCCAAUGCUUAGCCAUUUUUUUAAUGAAGGCAUGGCCAGUGAUGCUCGAUUGGUUAGUAGCAUAUUGAUUCACAAGUGUAAGGGGGUGUUUGAGGGAUUGAAGUCGUUGGCGGAUGUUGGGGGUGGCACAGGAACCGUGGCCAAGGCCAUUUCUGAUGCAUUUCCAUACUUGGAGUGCACUGUGUUUGAUCUUCCUCAUGUUGUUGCUGGCUUGCAAGGCCGUGGGAACUUAAAAUUUGUUGGAGGAGACAUGUUUGAGGCAGUUCCAGCUGCAGACGCAGUUUUACUCAAGUGGAUAUUGCACGAUUGGAAUGAUGAAGAAUGCGUGAAGAUUUUGAAGCGCUGUAAAGAGGCAAUUUCGCACGGUGGCAAGGGAGGGAAGGCAAUUAUAAUAGACAUGGUAUUGAUGGAGAAGAACCACAAAGUGAAUGAUGCAUCCAUCGAAACGCAACUCUUCUUUGACAUGUUGAUGAUGGUGUUGGUGGCUGGAAGAGAGAGGAACGAGGAAGAGUGGGCUACGCUGUUUUGGGCAGCUGGUUUUAGUGACUAUAAAAUCACUCCUAUAAUGGGUUUAAGAUCUCUCAUUGAGGUGUACCCUUAAGAGAGUCUUGCUUUAUUCCUAUAAGAAUAAACAUUAUGAACUACUAUUAUUCUUGCUUUAUUCUCAUUGAGGUGUACCCUUAAAACUACUAUUAUUAACUUUUAUGUUAUUGUUACGGUCGUUGGUUUGUACUUGU